CUCUCUCUCUCUGUCUGUAUGUCUAUCUCUCACUCAAUACAACCAUAAUAUACAGUAAAAUACAUAUAAUAUAUAAUAAUAAUAAAAUACGAGUCGUCAGUAUUACUGUACUAUUGAACGCCAUCUUAACCAUAACAAAGACCAUUGAAGUGUUUGGGUAUACAGUAAUCAAACACUUUUAAUAUCAAUAACAGAUCAAUUGGAUGUCCAAAAAAGACCCAAUAUAUGAUCAGCCAAUUGAUUAUAUCAAUCAAUAGUGUUAAGAGUGUUCAUACACUUUGUCUUUAGUGGUUAAACUGAUCCAUACGUUUAGAGAGAGAGAGAGAAAGAAAAGCAUUAUAAGUAGUGACGCAUUCAAUUUGGUCUCAAAAACUAAACACUAAUAACAAACCAGUGAUGGCGUCGAGCUCUGUGUCGUCGCGAUCCGAGUUUAUUGUUGGCACCAAAUAUCGAUUGGUCAGGAAGAUUGGUUCGGGUAGUUUCGGUGAUAUCUAUUUGGGUAUUAAUAUUACAAAUGGCGAAGAAGUGGGCGUCAAAUUGGAGUCAAUCAAAGCCCGUCAUCCGCAGCUGCUCUACGAAUCAAAGCUCUAUAAGCUAUUGCACGGAGGCGUCGGUAUUCCACACAUCAGAUGGUACGGUCAGGAGCGUGACUACAACGUACUGGUAAUGGAUCUGUUGGGUCCGUCGCUCGAAGAUCUUUUCAAUUUUUGUUCCCGACGAUUCACUAUGAAAACUGUACUGAUGUUGGCCGACCAGAUGAUCGGCCGAAUCGAGUUUGUCCACAACAAGAAUUUCAUUCAUCGAGACAUAAAACCAGAUAACUUUUUGAUGGGAAUCGGCAGACAUUGCAAUAAAUUGUUUCUCAUUGACUUUGGUUUGGCAAAGAAGUAUAGGGAUAACAGAACCAGACAACACAUACCCUACAGGGAGGACAAGAACCUGACUGGAACUGCUCGAUACGCAUCGAUUAAUGCACAUUUAGGCAUUGAACAAUCUCGUCGAGACGACAUGGAAUCGCUCGGCUAUGUCUUGAUGUACUUCAAUCGCGGAUCGCUUCCCUGGCAGGGACUGAAAGCUGCCACCAAAAAGCAAAAGUAUGAAAAGAUAUCGGAAAAGAAAAUGUCGACACCUAUUGAGGUGUUAUGUAAGGGAUAUCCCGCAGAGUUUUCAAUGUAUCUGAACUAUUGUCGAGGUUUGCGCUUCGAAGAGGCGCCCGAUUACAUGUAUUUAAGACAAUUGUUCAGAAUAUUGUUCCGAACGCUUAACCAUCAAUACGAUUAUAUCUUUGACUGGACAAUGUUGAAGCAAAAGGCCGCCCAAUCGGCCGCACAGUCUGGCGGCUCCUCCUCACAGAACUUAACUCAGACGGGACCCGCUGGCACUCGUUGAACACACACACACACACAAACACACUAACCAAUUGAUUGAGACCACCAAUUGAUUGGUUCUUUAUCUUUCUUUUUUCUUUCUUUCUCUCUCUCUCUUUCUCUCAGUAUCUUCUAUUGUAUCUAUAAUUCACUAUUAAUUAUAUAUUAACUUAUAUAUAUUAUAUAUAGAUAUUUGUCGUUAAAAUAAUUAUCUUUUUUUCAAGUAUUGGUUGUCUAUUUUCUGCGUUUUAAGACUCAAUUAAAAUAACAGAUUAUUGCCAUUAUUUGAACACCAGAAGUCCAAUCAAAUAAUGACAUGAUUUUACCACACAUUUCUAUGAUUAUAAUUAUUAUUAUUUUUUUUUUGUUCAAAUAGUUGUUAUAAAAGUCACUCAUUAUUAAACUACAUGAAUAAGCCAUUAUUAUUAUUAAUUAAUUAAUUAUUAUU